CACGCGAUGAAUGUAGAAGCGCUUCAGAGGGAGGCAGUCAGCAGCAUCUCGACAGGUAGGCUACAGUCUCAUUAGUCUUUUCUUUUUAUUCAACGCUUUAUGUUCAUGUUUGUCCGUGUUUCAAGCCUGCUUGGCAUUGGAUGGAUGGAUUUUCCGGGUUAUGCGAUAACCUGAGAGUAACAGGUAGGCAGGAAAGCUGAAUGUCACGCGACCAAGAGUAAAACAGAUGGAUAGAGAUGAGUAGCUUAUAUAUGUGUGUAAAUUGAUGUUAUUAUAUAGCUAACUGUGUCACAGAUGCGUAUCUUCCGUACAGAGUUAGAAUCGUUAAAACAUGUUAUUAUCGCUGAUGUCUCCUGAUGGUCAAACUGGACCUUCUCAGAUCAGCCAUCUGCUCCGCGGGAAUGCACAUUAAAGACAUACGCCUCGGUCCUCACGUAGGCCACCGGGUUUUGUCCGCACUCGCCGUGAGCCACAUCUGUCUACAGCACACUAUGAGCAGAAAACAGCGUCUCAGGUAGCUAAGCCUUCAGGAAGAGAAAAAUGUAUCCAGCAUCAUCUGAAAUAGGAAGCUGGCUCUCUAGGAUAAAGCAAUGGUACUCAGCUGUUGCCUAAUAAAACGGACAUUUAUAUUUCCUCUUAUUAAACGAAGGUAUGACGGGGGUGAGACCGAUUUGCCUGGGCGGAACACUCUGUGCACGUUUCACAAACUGAUCUCUGACUUAGAGACUACACAGGUAUGAAAUAAGAUUAAAAAAAAACAAAAAAAAACAAAACAGAGAGAGUAGACUGAAAUGGUCUGUUGCCAUCCAUCUUACCAACUAACAAGACAAGAAAAACUAAGAGUACUAUACAAGACGAAAAGUUUUCGGAGUGGAUGUUAUUUCAGAGAGAGCGUUAAUCGUCGGCUCAUUUCCUGACUCUCGGGCUGGUGGAGUCAUCCUACUGAUGCAAUGAGCCUACACAGUUGUAGACUGUUGUGGCUGUGAUGUAGGCCUAGAAGAAGUAGCCGGAGUGCCUACGUGCGCUCGGCUGCAUACAUGAAGCUGGUGGGGUCACGCAUCUCAACGUCAUCAUUUCUCCGUCACUCAACCUUGGGAUUUCCUAUACGAGCCUGCUAAUCAAAUCAACUCUACGGACAAGUCUGCUCACAUCCUCUAGAACGUCUGCCAGCGUGGAGUAUGAACUGAGAAAUAUCGUGAUUUACCGUAACAUAGCAGUCAGAGAGCAUCAUGGGAGGAGCAGUGGUGGACGAUGGACCUCCCGGGGUGAAGGCACCAGAUGGCGGCUGGGGUUGGGCAGUGUUGGUUGGCUGCUUCGUCAUCACUGGCUUCUCCUACGCUUUCCCCAAAGCUGUCAGCGUGUUCUUCAAGGAGCUGAUCCGAGAGUUUGACGUCGGCUACAGUGACACUGCCUGGAUCUCAUCAAUACUGCUUGCCAUGCUGUAUGGCACAGGCCCUUUGUGCAGUGUGUUGGUAAACAGGUUUGGCUGUCGGCCAGUGAUGAUGGUUGGAGGGCUCUUUGCCUCACUGGGAAUGAUUCUGGCCUCCUUUGCCACCAGCAUCAUACACAUUUACCUCUGUACUGGAGUCAUCACAGGUCUUGGUCUGGCGUUAAACUUCCAGCCGUCUCUUAUAAUGCUGAACCGCUACUUCAGUGAGAAACGUCCUCUAGCCAAUGGCUUGGCAGCAGCGGGUAGCCCUGUGGCACUGUGCUGUCUCUCCCCACUGGGACAGGUUCUCCAGUACCAGUAUGGCUGGAGGGGUGGGUUCCUCAUACUGGGAGGCAUACUGCUUAACUGCUGUGCCUGUGGUUCCCUCAUGAGGCCCCUGUUGCCCCCUAAGAGGGCUCAAGAGCUGGAGAAUGGCUCUCCCAUAGCUGCUGAGGAGAAGAAGCUCCAGCCAAAGAGGAAACUGUUGGAUUUUAGUGUGUUCAGUGACAGAGGUUUUGUCAUCUAUACCCUUGCUGCGUCUGUUAUGGUGCUGGGCUUGUUUGUGCCCCCUGUGUUUGUGGUCAGCUAUGCUAAAAGCCUUGGCUAUGAAGACACUAAGUCUGCACUGCUGCUCACCAUCUUGGGAUUUGUUGAUAUGUUUGCUCGGCCUGCAUCAGGACUCAUAGCAGGCAUGAAGUGGGUACGACCCAGAAGUGUCUACCUGUUCAGCUUUGCUAUGAUCUUCAACGGGUGCACCGACCUCAUAGGAUCACAGGCGACUGAUUAUUCAGGUCUGGUGGUCUUCUGUAUCUUCUUUGGCAUGUCAUAUGGCAUGGUGGGAGCACUACAGUUCGAGGUCCUCAUGGCUAUCGUAGGGACAGAGAAGUUCUCCAGCGCCAUCGGUCUGGUGCUGCUGAUGGAAGCUAUUGCUGUACUGGUGGGACCUCCUGGAGCAGGUCGCCUCUUGGAUGCUACCAAUCAGUACAUGUACGUCUUUCUGUUGGCGGGCUGUGAGGUCACACUGUCAGCCUUUAUCAUCGCCAUUGGUAACUUCCUCUGCAUUAGCAAGAAGAAUGAAGAUCCACAGGCUAAGAUGGAGAUGGCUGUCACUGCCUCAGAGAAGGAGGAGCUGAACUGUAGGGUGGAAGGUGAGGAUGAUCAUGAAGACAAAGAGGAGCCAAAGGAAACAGAAAAUGGAAACAUCAAUGCUUUGAAAGUAGGGGAGGAGGCGACGAUGGUGACGGAGAUGGUGGAGAAGGUUGGAGACGAGAACACAGCAUUAUGAAUAAUCAGACAAGUGAAGAGAAAGGACAACCCGUGCACCGAGAGGACAUAAGAGGAUGAUCUGUGGCAAAGACAAAGCGAGGAGUCACAUUAAGAGUGAGGAGUACGAACAGGGGUUGAUCUUGUCCUCUACAUGAAAAUUCACAGUUUGAUAUAAUGGACACAAGGCAGAGGUUUCCCCUGAACUGCUUCAAAUGCAUCAUUGUAAUCAGAUUCUACGCAUUACUGUUAAUUAGUUAAAUGACGAAUUACAGUUUGGUCCAAAAUAGAGCAAUUCCUCUGGACAUGAAAUGUCUCACUUUACUGGCAAUAGAUACCAGCUUUUCUGGGUAAGAAACCUACUCUGUACUGCUGUCUGCUCACACACACAUUUCAUUUUGAACAAAGACACUGACUUCUACUUUUGUGUACCUGUUUCACAGACAGAACCUGUCUACUUUCCAUUUCCCUGAGAUUUCUAAUAAGCUGACUCAAAAAAUGCCACUCAAUAUCCAAGAACUGGCUUUUUCUUAAGCUUUCAAGCACAUCUCACAGCCUUCUUCACAGGAUGGGGUUAGAGAAGUAUUUCACUGCUGGAAAAAUUGCCUAAAAUUUGUCUGUCUAUGCAGUAGAAAGACUCAAAUAGUUUUGAAUUUGUUGCUACAUGUCCAGAGAAAACAGAAAAAUUAAGCUUUUGCUCAAGAGGGAGAAAACCUCCAACUACCAGAAUGCACUGCACCACACCAGACAAUGAACACUCCACCUGGAGGGUGACGUAAUGCGAACACUGCCCAGGCCCCUAGGAGAGCAGCUCAGCCUUGUCACAAAUUUUUCCCUGUGGCCACUCAACAGCCCAAAAACAGACCACCACCGUAAAAAAGACAUCUGUAAAACUGUUGACAGGACAACUCAAACUGCAAAGAAGGUCAAUUAUGAAUCUUUAUAUUCUGAAUUUCUGAGCCAUGGAGGUUUUAUAUUUGUAAAACUCUCACUUAAGUUGAGAAAAGCGAUACAAGUUAGAGGGGGUUACUAAUCUGAAGAUUGGCGGGUCGCUCCUCCAAUCCACGUCAAAGUAUCCUUGAGCAAGAUACUGAAGCCCAAAUUGCUCCUGAUGGUUGUUCCAUCAAUGUGUGAGUGUGUUAAAAACUGAGUAGCAGGUGUCACCUUGUGUCGCAACUGUCACUUUCCGUAUGGUCGCCUCGGCCACCUGUGUAUGAAUGAGUGUGUGAAUGUGUAAAUGUGACUCAUAGUGUAAAAGGCACUUUGAGUGGACGGAAGACUAGAAAGGCACUACACAAGUGCAGGUCCAUAUACUAACACCUGUUAUCACAGAACCUCCAUGCUAAGGUCAUAGAUGACAAUGAAGCAAACUUCAUUUACUAAUAAAGACUGUAAGAUGCUGUUUGAAGCUCUGGAAAAAUGCUAAUAAGUGGACCCUGUGUUGAGAAUAUCUUGUCACACCACUAUCCAGAUUGUAUUUUGUAACAUUUUAUGUAACAUGACAACUCACAUUCAAAAACCAGUUGUGAAAAUAAAUUAUUUAAUAUUUGGGGCAGUCAACAUACACCUCGGCAGCUCGAUUUCAUACUGUAGCUGUUCACCCAUUCCUGCAAUUAAAUUCAAGUCUGUUUUGUUGUUUGAUGACUGCUGUGAACUACUUACGGAGACUUUAUUAAGUUGCUGCCUGAUUUGUUUUUGUCUGUAGGAUACUUGAACAAACUUGAAUUGUUAGACAUGGUGCAGUGCAUGGGUGUUGUAUACUCAGCUGAUGAAUUUACUGUAUGUCCUAUGUAUUUCUCACACUGUAAAGGUCUGCUUAAUGCUGUAACACUGAGAGCAGUUGUGUGCUAUAUGCCCUUUGUGUAUCUGUGUGAUCUAAUGCUCAACACUGAGAGCAAGGACAACUUGCUUGGGUGAAGAAAUGUAACGCACACCUGCUGCACUUACUGAUUUUCUGAGCUGUGUCUAACACAACGUAGAUGUCUGAUGCCCAGUUUUCCCUAAAUAAAUAUAUUUUCUGUGGAGAAA